AUGCACGCCAGCCUCCUGACCCAUCUCCUCCCCCUCGCCCUCCACCUGACGCCUACAGCAGCCCAGGCCUCCGGCAGCGGCAGCACAACCCGCUACUGGGACUGCUGCAAGCCCUCGUGCGCCUGGCCCGGCAAGGCGGCCCUCUCGAGCGGGCCGGUCACGACCUGCGACAUCAACGACCGGCCGCUCGGCGACGCCAACGCGCGCUCGGGCUGCGAGGCCGGCGGCACGUCCUACAUGUGCAGCGGGCAGUCGCCGUGGGCCGUGUCGGCGGACCUCGCGUACGGGUGGGCGGCCGUGCGCGUGGCGGGCGGCGACGAGGCGUCGUGGUGCUGCGCGUGCUACGAGCUCACGUUCACGAGCGGGCCGGUGGCCGGGAAGAAGAUGGUCGUGCAGGCGACGAACACGGGGGCCGACCUCGGCUCGAACCACUUUGACCUUGCGAUCCCCGGCGGCGGAGUCGGCAUCUACAACGCCUGUACGGCCCAGUACAACGCGCCGCCCAACGGCUGGGGCGACCAGUACGGCGGCAUCCGCAGCCGCGCCGAGUGCGACGCCUUCCCGGAGGCGCUCAAGAGCGGCUGCUACUGGCGCUUCGACUGGUUCCUGAACGCCGACAACCCCCAGGUGAACUUCCGCCAGGUCUCAUGCCCUGCGGCCCUCACGUCUCGCAGCGGGUGUGUGAGGCAGAACAAUGCCAUGUUCAAAUGA